AUGGCCGCGGCUCGGCUUCUCCUCCGGCCGUCCUUUUUCUUAUCCAUUUUUUUGGUCCUUUCUCCUAUCACAUGUUCAAUGACCGAAUCCGAAGCAUUGCUGAAGCUGAAGAAGUCGUUCACAAAUGCCGAUGCUCUCAAUUCUUGGAUGCCCGGCUUGCCGCCUUGCAAUGGUGCCUAUUGGGUUGGACUGGUUUGUUAUGAUGGGAUUGUGACGGGUCUUCGGCUUGGAGGAAUGGGUUUAUCAGGGAAAAUAGAUGUCCAUGCUUUGCUUCAACUUCCGGGUCUUCGAAGUAUUAGCCUUAUGAACAAUACAUUUUCGGGUCCGAUACCGAAAUUCAGCGAGUUUAGUGUUUUGAAGGCCAUUUACUUGUCAAGGAAUCAGUUUUCGGGUGAAAUUUCAUCAGAUUAUUUUGCAAAAAUGAAGUCCCUAAAGAAAGUUUUCCUUUCUGAUAACAAAUUUACGGGCAAAAUCCCUUCUUCGUUGGCUAAACUUCCGAGUCUCGUUGAAGUACGUCUUGAAAACAAUCAAUUCAAUGGAAGUAUUCCUACUCUUGAUCAACCAACAUUGUCCACAAUCAACGUGUCAAACAACAAAUUGGAAGGGGAAAUCCCGGCUAAUUUAUCAAGAUUUAAUGUGAAUUCGUUCGCGGGAAAUGCUGGCCUUUGUGGAGGAAGUUUGGGCGAGUGUCGAAAGGCAGUUGAUCAGCAAACACAUAAGAAUGGUUCCAAUAGGAUGAUUGCUGCAAUCAUAAUAACAGUGGUGGCUCUUGUAUCAAUUGUUGUUGUGAUCAUUGUAAGAUUAAAGCCAAAGCCAAAGCCAAAGACAGAGGAAUUCGAUGUGUUUGAGGUACAUGAGAAGGGAAGUGCUGAUGAACCGGUUGAGGUGCAUGUGUCUCAAUCCGGGCGAAAUAAGAAAGAACCCUAUACAAUCCGAAGGGGGGGCAGUAGCUCAUCAAGCCGUAGGGCAUCUAAUCACAGCAAGGGCGGCGGCGGCGGCAUGGGAGAGCUAAUUGUGGUGAACCAAAAAAAGGGUAUCUUUGGGUUGUCAGAUUUGAUGAAGGCGUCGGCAGAAGUUCUUGCAAAUGGGGUACUGGGGUUUUCAUACAAGGCCGUGAUGUCUAAUGGGGUGACAGUGGUUGUGAAGAGGAUGAAAGAGAUGAAUGCACUUGGAAGAGAUGCGUUUGAUGUAGAGAUGAGGCAGCUUGCAAAGUUCAGACACCGGAAUAUCUUGACGCCUUUGGCUUACCAUUACCGGAAGGAAGAGAAGCUAUUGGUCUCUGAGUACAUUCCGAAUGGCAGUUUACUCUAUCUAUUGCACGGUGAUCGUGGAGUGUCGCAUGCUGAGCUCAAUUGGCCUACUCGUUUAAAGAUUGUUAAAGGAAUUGCCCAAGGGAUGGGUUAUAUUCACACAAAGCUUACUUUCUCUAAUAUUCCCCAUGGAAAUCUCAAGUCCAGCAAUAUUCUUCUCAGCCCUGAUUAUGACCCAUUGCUCUCAGACUAUGGAUUGGUCCCAUUGAUCAACCCUGCAAACGCAGCGCAAGCAUUCUUCGCAUAUAAGGCACCGGAGGCAGCACAGUUGGGCAAAGUAUCUCCUAAAUGCGACGUCUACUGCCUAGGAAUUGUCAUUCUUGAAAUCCUCACGGGGAAAUAUCCUUCCCAAUAUCUAAACAAUAAUAAGGGCGGCACUGAUUUAGUCCAAUGGGUGGCAUUGGCCAUUGCUGAUGGGAGAGAAUCAGAAUUGCUUGAUCCUGAAAUUGUGAGCUUUGAAAAUUCGCUUGGUGAGAUGGAAAGACUCCUCCACAUUGGCGCAGCCUGCACUGAAAGUAACCCAGAUCGACGGUUAGGCAUGAUGGAAGCCAUUAGAAGAAUAGAGGAGGUACAGGUGGAGGGAGAGGGAACCCACGAUCAGGUUUCUAGAACAAUGUACGUCUUGCCAUCGCUUCGAGAUGGGUAUGCAGAUUCUGUGCCACCAGCUCACGUGUUAAGAGGUUCACAAGAAAGCCUUGGGGUGAACUCUUCGAGGAGACAUGGAUCCGACAGCUUUUUAAGCCAAUCAGGGCGUCAUAUUGACGAUAGUUUUGCCUUUGACAUCUCAUAA